ACACAAACGGCUUACCAUAUAACGAGCUGUCUUCUUAGGCUGCUAAUUUGACCGCCAUUCCUGCUAAUAAUGAUGCAAGCCGUGCAGCAGAGUGGAACAGGAGGCCCAGAGGUACUGGGUGUGGUCGAGGUACCCAUCCCCAAACCUGGUCCACAUGAACUCCUCAUGAAGAUACAUUCAUCGGCAAUUAAUAGAGCUGAUACACUGCAGAGGCGUGGUUUAUACCCUGUCCCCCCAGGAUCAACGUCAGUAUUUGGACUAGAGGCUGCCGGAGAGGUGUAUGAUCUUGCCAACUCUACUCCAGGAAAAUGGAAAAAAGGUGACCGAGUAAUGGCCCUUCUCCCAGGGGGAGGUAAUGCACAGUAUUCAACAGCCCAUGAAGAUCAUCUGAUCCCUGUUCCUGACCACCUGACCUUCCAAGAAGCAGCUGCUAUUCCCGAAGUGUGGUUGACAGCUUUUCAGUUGCUGUACUUCAUUGCAAGCUUGAAGAAAGGGGAUAUAGUCUUGAUUCAUGCUGGUGGAAGCGGUGUUGGUACAGCUGCCACUCAGCUUGUGAAGGAGGCUGGAGGUAUUCCCAUUGUGACGGCUGGUACAGAGGCCAAGCUUCAGAAGGCCAGAAGUCUUGGGGCUGCGGAGGCUUUCAAUUACAAGGAGGUGGAUUUUGCGGAGAAAGUUCUUGAGGUUACGCAAGGUAAAGGAGUGAACAUUGUCCUGGAUUGUGUUGGAGGAUCGUACUGGGAGAAGAAUGUGAAGGCUAUGGCUCCCGAUGCCACGUGGGUGCUGUAUGGACUGAUGGGCGGACCCAAGGUAGAGGGCGCCCUUCUGGGAGCCGUUCUUCGUAAACGCAUCAGCAUCCGAGGCACCACACUCAGACCAAGAUCUGAUGAGUACAAAGCUGAGUUGAUCAAGGCAUUCACUGAGAGGGCCCUGCCCCACUUCACACCCUCAUCACCAGGAGAGCAACCUCAUUUCCAGCCGAUCGUUGAUCGCGUCUUCCAGCUAGAGGAGAUCUCGGCUGCUCACCAGUACAUGGAUGAGAAUAAAACAAUGGGCAAGGUCAUACUUAGUGUUACCCACAGUACUAGUAAACCUUCAGAUGAAUUAUAAACAGUAUGUAGCAUAUUUUCACUUUCUUUUCUUCAUUUUUACAAUCAUUAAAAUCAAAUUCAAGGAGUGGCAGUGAGUUUGAGAGAAAGUCAGAGAACAUUACUGUUGUAUCAUCAUGUUCAGAAAUAGCUUUAGCAAGCCAAAUGUUUAUAAGUAAUGAAAACUGACUGAAAAGCAAUAUCUGCCUCUAAAAUGUUAUGAUGAUGCUUACGCAGAUAAUCACAUGUGGGCUUGUGCUUUAUAAUAUACAUGUACCUUUGAAAGAAAAACCCAUCUUAUGGCAUACUGCCUUGUUAUUGUGCUUAUUACCCAGUUCGUACUCCCUUUUUUCCUAAUCAAUUUGAGAUGUAAUGUCAAUUCAUAUUAACAUAUGAAAGGUCAUUUUGUUUGAUCCUGUUAUUAUACCAUUUGUUUCUCGGACUGGAGUUAAAAGUUGUGAUUUGGAGUAUGUCAUCAGUGGAAGCACAUUGUCAACACACUUCAUUUGCCUCUCCUUUUUUUUGUGUUCCCUGCUGAAAUGUCAUGAAUGUCUUUUUGAAGUACAAGAAUAGUUUGUACUAGGGGUGAAGCCAUAGGCACUUGCCCGAUUGCCCGGGGCAAGUAAAAGUUAGAGUCGGGCAAGUGCUGUGAAGCAAAGAACAAAACUUGCCCGAAUAGGGCAAGCAAAAUUCUCACAGUAGAAUGACCAAAUUUAAGGUCGAUAUGAUAUGAUAUUGACCUUAAUUUUGCUCA